GGGUCUGCUCUUUCUGCCACCUCUGCCUUCGUCAUCCCCACCUCUUUGCGGGUGAAGUCACCUUUGGGUUGCGAGACCUUGGGGCGUGAGGCCCAAACUCGAGACCCCCACCCCCACCCCACCCCUCUUUCCCGCUCCCCCGCUCCUCCUCCAUUUCUUCCUUUGCAUCACCGCAUCACUUAGCCUUGGAGCCGGCCAGCUCGGCUUGCGCCUUGAGGCCAAGUUUGAGGUGGUAAAGGUAACUGGGGAGAGCAGCCCCCCAGUGGACAAAGGCGAAGGCAAGAACCGAGCAGGCCUAGGGGCUGCAGGCGUUGAGAAUAGGCGGCUGAGGGGGCGGCCAAGGAGGGAAUACAUAAACAGUACUGCGGCUUUAGAAGGGACUGCAAAGAAUUUGUUGCACGAUGGAAGAAUCUGACUCCGAGAAAAAGAUGGAGAAAGAGAAUCUGGGGCUGAGACCAUUCUCAGCUGUUGUGCUAAAUAUGCUCUUUUGCAUCUCUGUAUUGAUUUGUAUUUCUUUAAUCCCAAUUUCUAAGGCAAUUGGAUCAUGGAAAUUCUGUCUUAUGGUUUAUAUCUGCAGGUGGGCGCUGCCAAAUACAGCCUUGAAGAAAAAGGUGCUAUUGAUGGGUAAAAGUGGGUCUGGUAAGACCAGCAUGAGAUCUAUUAUCUUUGCAAAUUAUAUUGCCAGAGACACGCGUCGACUUGGUGCAACAAUACUAGACCGUUUACAUAGUCUUCAAAUUAAUAGCAGUUUGAGCACCUACUCUCUCGUAGACUCUGUUGGAAAUACAAGGACAUUUGAUGUAGAACAUUCCCAUGUUCGAUUUCUGGGAAACCUGGUGUUGAACCUGUGGGACUGUGGUGGACAGGACACCUUCAUGGAAAACUACUUCACUAGCCAACGAGACAACAUCUUCCGAAAUGUGGAGGUUCUGAUUUAUGUCUUUGAUGUGGAGAGCCGGGAACUGGAAAAGGACAUGCACUAUUACCAGUCAUGCCUGGAGGCCAUCCUGCAGAACUCUCCAGAUGCCAAAAUCUUUUGCUUGGUGCACAAGAUGGAUCUGGUCCAGGAGGAUCAGCGGGAUCUGAUUUUUAAAGAGCGAGAAGAAGAUCUGAGGCGUUUGUCUCGCCCACUGGAAUGUUCUUGCUUCCGGACAUCUAUCUGGGAUGAAACUCUCUAUAAGGCUUGGUCCAGCAUUGUUUAUCAACUGAUUCCCAAUGUUCAGCAGCUAGAAAUGAACCUGAGGAAUUUUGCUGAAAUUAUUGAGGCUGAUGAAGUGCUUCUAUUUGAGAGAGCUACUUUUCUGGUGAUUUCUCACUAUCAGUGUAAAGAGCAGCGUGAUGCCCACAGAUUUGAAAAAAUCAGCAACAUUAUUAAGCAGUUUAAGCUGAGCUGCAGCAAGCUGGCUGCUUCUUUCCAGAGCAUGGAAGUUAGGAACUCUAACUUUGCUGCUUUCAUUGAUAUCUUUACAUCCAACACUUAUGUGAUGGUUGUGAUGUCUGAUCCAUCCAUUCCUUCUGCAGCUACUCUGAUCAACAUCCGCAAUGCCAGGAAACACUUUGAAAAGCUGGAAUGAGUGGAUGGACCAAAGCAGUGUCUUCUUAUGCGCUAAGCAUUGCCAAAUGUUGUUUCAGAAAAGAAAUCGAAAUACUGUUUCUUAAUCUUACUGUUGUAUUAGUAUAUGUAGACUCUGAAAUGUUGUGAUGCUUACCACUACUGUAUUUCUUCCCUACUGCCCAGUCUUAAUGUUUAACCUUGAAUGCUAUUUACUCAAAUAGCCAGUGAGAAAUUAGAAGAUGAGCUGUCCAUGAAGCUGAUCUGACAUAAAAGUAGGUAAUAUGUGAGUGUUCUGAUAAUAAGGUUUUAAUAGUGUUUUCUGAUAGUCAUAUUCCAGUAGUUGUGUGUGCCAAAGCCUCUUCUAACAUUGUCUUGUAUUUCCUAUAAGAUAGUAACCUAGAAGUUUGGAGUAUUACUGUUUCUCAGCAUGCAUUAAAAUAAUCCUUAACUCCAGUUACAAAUAAACUUGCUGUUAGGGAUUUCA